UAUCUCCCCGCCCACCCCCCUCCUUUCUCUCUGCGGCGUUACGCGUCGGCCCAUCUGCCCCUCACGACGGCGUCCUCCAUGUCGGAUGCGGCUCGGCCACCACGGCCAGCAGUCCAUGCCGGCCGCUGCCUCCUGCCACUCAUGGCGACCGCCGCGUCACCCACCACCGCCGGGACCCCAUGGCGACCGAGCCUUUUCCCCUCGCCCCCAUGGCCGUCACCCCAUGGCGGCUGCUCUUGUGUUCAAUUUCAAUAUCAAUGUCUGCGAGGUUUGAUGUUGGGACCAAUUCAAUUCCAUGGCCCUCAAUAUCAACAUCAACAUCCAAAUGGAGCCUUAGAAUAUUACUACUACACAUGAGGAUAUAGGAGGCCAAAUUUGGUGAGUGAGUUGGACUUUCUCUCAUCGACAUACUGCAAAUUGUUCAUGCAGGGUUGAGAAUAAGAAACAGUGAUCUUUCCUACUUGGGCGAAAUGCCUUGUUACUACGACGUUGCCGACAUCCUCAUGGAGGAGGAGCUUAUUUCGGUUGUUUUCCAAGUAACUGCAAAUGGCGUUGGUCUGCUAGAUCCUGGCGCCGAGAGAAACAGUGUUGAAAAGGGUGCUAAAUUAGACCUUCCAUUUUGGCUUGCGCAUGGAAUGCUGUCUCUGGAACAAGCGGUGUCAAUAAAUGUACCUCCUUGCUUCACCCAGAAAACUCGGAAGGAGAUCCAAGCUGAUGCAGCCUGUGUUGAUUUGAGGGUUCGGCGCCCUUACUUUUAUGAGCUUGGAUGCAAGAUUGUUCCUCUGGUGGGUGACAAGAGCAUUGGCCAGUUCUUGCGCUACGCGUUCACCAGUAGGUACAAGGAGAUACUAAGCAAGGCACACAGCUCUUCGACGAUGACAGUGCCCAAGUUCGCAACACGCCUUACAAAAGAAGAAGCUCAAGUGUUCGAAUCUGCUAGGGAAUCUAUGUCCGCCUUCAGGAAGUGGCGUGUCGGGGGUGCGAGGCUGCAGAAGGCGUCCAUUCUUGGAAGGAAGAGGAAGACAAAGCUGCCUGACGGGCCUUCGACGCCCUGAAUUAUUUUUACUGUCGAGCAGAGUGCCUGGGCGGGAGAGGGCCAAUGUUUGCACACUGAUCGAUCUGGUACUGUAAGUGUAUGGAACAGAAAAAGCGCGAAAGGCAGUUCUGAUAUGCGAUCAGACGUCGGCGUACCUGAUAUGUUUGUUUGAAUACUCGUAUCUUCAAUUUGUCAGUUGGACACACCUUAAUUGGAGUAAGAGGCUGGGGUUCGCCUCCUGGGUUGGCCAUCUCAUCUUAUUCCUCUCCUGAUUUAGCACACGGGAAAGAAAGCAAUCAAUUUAAGCAGUUAAAUGCUGACUUGUGAAUCUCUGUUGUGCUUGCAUGAAGGAGACCAGUUCCCAUCAGUUAUGCAGUUGCACCUCGCAGCUCCUCUACCUUAAUCUUUCGUUGCGGUCUUGCCUAGUCUCAUCUAGACGCUCUUAUAUUAUGGGACGGAGGGAGUAUUUCUCAUCUUCUAUUUCAUACCUAUAUGAUACUAGUACAAAUUAGCGGUUCAGGUAUGAGGAGGAAUACACAGAUCUAAACGCUGUCGGUAUGGCUUGCCACACCUGCAGGAUUAGAAGUCACAACUGA